GGCUAGGGUGUAGCAAGAGUUUAGGGGGCAGCCCCGUCCUGGGAUCCCUGUCCCGGGCUGGGGGCUGCCCCCUCCCCUGGCCUGGCUCCUGCCGCCCAUGCUGCUGGUGAAACGCUGUUGACAUGUCCUGAAUUAUUAAGCACGGGGUGGGCUCCGGAGCACAUGCUGAGCGGAGCGGCUGGGGCUGCGCGGCGUGGCGGAGCAGCGCUCGCUCCCUCGCUCACUCGCUCGCUCGCAGGGACACACGCAGGGGCUGACAGCUGUGCUGGUGCUGAUAAGGGAAGCCACAAGGAGACGAUCGAGGAGAGAGACAAGCGGCAGCAGAGGCAGCAGCGGCAGAGGCAGCACCAGGGCUGCGGAGCUGCUGGGAGUGGGAGUGACUCCCCCACCUCAGGCCCCCACCCUGUCCCCGUCCUCCUCCCGCUUGCCCUGAGUUUAGAAGAGCAGCCGCUGCCACCACCGCCACUCCGGAGGGCACCGGGGCUGCUGGCUAGGGAGAGACAGGGCAGGGAGGCUCUGGCCAGUCCCAGCAGCCGGGGACAGAUGCCGAUCGAGAUUGUGUGCAAAAUCAAAUUUGCUGAGGAGGAUGCGAAACCCAAGGAGAAGGAGGCAGGGGAUGAGCAGAGCCUCCUGGGGGCUGCUCGGGGGGCAGCAGCCCCCCGGGACCUGGCCACCUUUGCCAGCACGAGCACUCUGCAUGGGCUGGGCCGGGCCUGUGGCCCAGGCCCCCACGGACUGCGCAGGACCCUGUGGGCACUGGCCCUACUCACCUCGCUGGCUGCCUUCCUCUACCAGGCGGCCGGCCUGGCCCGGGGCUACCUGACCCGGCCUCACCUGGUGGCAAUGGACCCCGCUGCCCCAGCCCCAGUGGCAGGCUUCCCAGCUGUCACCCUCUGCAACAUCAACCGUUUCCGACAUUCGGCACUCAGCGAUGCUGACAUCUUCCACCUGGCCAAUCUGACAGGGCUGCCCCCCAAAGACAGGGAUGGGCACCGUGCCGCCGGCCUUCGCUACCCGGAGCCCGACAUGGUAGACAUCCUCAACCGCACUGGCCACCAGCUCGCCGACAUGCUCAAGAGCUGCAACUUCAGUGGGCAUCACUGCUCCGCCAGCAACUUCUCCGUGGUCUAUACUCGCUAUGGGAAGUGUUACACCUUCAACGCCGACCCGCAGAGCCCACUGCCCAGCCGGGCAGGGGGCAUGGGCAGUGGCCUGGAGAUCAUGCUGGACAUUCAGCAGGAGGAAUACUUGCCCAUCUGGAGGGAGACAAAUGAGACGUCGUUUGAGGCAGGCAUCCGGGUGCAGAUCCACAGCCAGGAGGAGCCACCCUACAUCCACCAGCUGGGGUUUGGGGUUUCUCCAGGCUUCCAGACCUUUGUGUCCUGCCAGGAACAGCGGCUGACCUAUCUGCCCCAGCCCUGGGGCAACUGCCGGGCAGAGAGCGAACUCAGGGAGCCUGAGCUUCAGGGCUACUCGGCCUACAGCGUGUCUGCCUGCCGGCUGCGCUGUGAGAAGGAGGCCGUACUUCAGCGCUGCCACUGCCGGAUGGUGCACAUGCCAGACUCCCUGGGUGGGGGCUCCGAGGGCCCGUGUUUCUGCCCUACCCCCUGCAACCUGACACGCUACGGGAAGGAAAUCUCCAUGGUCAAGAUCCCCAACAGAGGCUCAGCCCGGUACCUGGCAAGGAAGUACAACCGCAACGAGACCUACAUACGAGAGAACUUCCUGGUGCUAGACGUCUUUUUCGAGGCCCUGACCUCUGAAGCCAUGGAGCAGCGAGCAGCCUAUGGCCUGUCAGCCCUGCUGGGAGACCUCGGGGGACAGAUGGGCCUGUUCAUCGGGGCCAGCGUCCUCACGCUGUUGGAGAUCCUGGACUACAUCUAUGAGGUGUCCUGGGACAGACUGAAGCGGGUAUGGCGGCGACCCAAGACCCCCCUGCGGACCUCCGCUGGGGGCAUCUCCACCUUGGGGCUGCAGGAGCUGAAGGAGCAGAGUCCCUGCCCAGGCCGGGGCUGUGCUGAGGGCACGGGGGCCAGCAGCCUGCUCCCCAACCACCACCACCCCCAUGGCCCCCCAGGAGGCCUCUUUGAAGACUUUGCUUGCUAGAAUGGUGCUGUGUCUGAGAGGACCCAGGAAUCUGGGACCCCUCCCCAGAUCCCCAGCAAAUUCUCCUCCUGCUCCUGAGACAGAGGCUGAGGGGAGGGGUGGUGCUCCCUGGGAGGGCCAGGACUCUGUUCCGGCUCUCAUCCUACCCUGGUGUCAGCUGCUUUGCACAAGGGUCUUUAUUAUCCCCCACCCCCAGCUGGUGCCCAGGGAGGGCUGGAGACCAGACCAUGGUCCCCUGUGGAGGGCAAGGGAGGGAAGGAGAGAGGGAGGUGGAGGAUAGAACCCACCCCAGCAGGGGUGGGACCCUCUGUACAUUUGUAUAUAUUUAGGGAGGACUGGGUGGGGGUGGGAUACAGAUGUAGAAGGUGGGUGGGGCUACAAGGGUGGGUGAUUCAGGCGCAGCCAGGGUCCCAGCCCAAAUGUCAGCGGGAGAUGGGGAGCCCCCAGGACUCAGGAGUGCUGGGCUGGUCCUACUUCCUGCCCCUUUCCGGACCCAGCUCCCCUCUUGGCAGGGGGAGUGGGUAGCCCAGCAGGCCUGGCCCAGCUCCCAGUUCCCCCUGCACCAACCCCGCCCCCAGAGUCCCUCCACAGGGAGCGGGCAGGAGACCUUUCAGACCUUGGCUAAGCUGGAGGCGGGGAAGGGAGCCUUCUCAGGCCUGUCUCCCUCCGGUCUGAUUUUAUAAAGUGCUGACAAAAUUGGGAAUAAAGAGGCAUAAAGAA